AUGGCCACCAACACCAAACGCACAGCGCGCGCCUUUGCGAGCUCCUACCUCCGACCAGCCUCAACCCGCACCUUCCUCAACAUCCACACCCAGCAGCAACAACGCCCCUCAUCCGCCGCAACCAUCGCCCUCAAAGCCAGCACCAAGUACCCAGCCCACAAACUCCUCAAGAAACCACGCACAUCCGUCGGCACCUUUCUCACCGGACAAGAAACCGCCCAAGUCUCCCGCAUCCUUCACGCCAUCGACCAGCGCAAGCAGCUCAGGGCACUGCGGCGUGAGAGGGUUUGGACGGGGGCCAAGUACGUCUGGAAGUUCGUCGAGGCGACGUACCUCAGCUUCACGCUGUUUGUGAUGUACAUGGCGACGUUGGACUAUGUGACUGGUGGGGAGGUGUCGAAGGGUGGUGGGGAUGAGGGGAAGUGA